UCUAUCUCUCUCUCCCGAUCUCAUCACUCAAGAAACAAACUCUCUCCCUCUCUCUACACAUAAUCUCCCUGCUCCUAAUCCUUCUUGUCUCAAUCUGCUACUAACAAUGUCGGAGAGACCAAACCGUCACCAGAGAAGACUUUCUCAGAGCGUUUUGCCCAUCUCCCUCGACGAUCUCUCCGACAUAUCCCUCACAGCAAAUCCUCCAUCAUCCAUCCCUUCUCAGCCGCCACGCCAUCAGAUCCCUCCGCCGUCUCCGGCUGCUCCUCCGACAAACCGUGGUAACAAUGAUGAUAAUGCUAGCAAGGAAGGGAACGCAUCUUCUAGUUGAUUUCAUAUUUUCAUUUGCUUCUUAUUAUUGUUUAAGAUCAUCGCAUGAGCCUUUUCUCCGUCUUCUUUUUAAACUUGCUUAAUAUUCAGAUUUUGUCUUUUGUAAAAUUACUUAUAUGAUAAUGAAUCAAUCGUAAUUUCUUAUCUCAA